AUGGGCGACUGCCGCAACACGACAAGGCACCGAGUCAUUACGGCCAAGAUCGUGAUCUACAGUUGCUACUCCGCUUUCAUUCUUUCGUCAUUGGAAGCAGUCGGCCGCGGAUGGGGGGCAAGACUUCAAACUGUUCCUGGAAAUGCCGGUCUCAAACCAAGCGAGGGGAUUGUGCGCGCGGUGCAGGCACGAAGUCGAGACCGUUUCUCCAUGGAGCAGGCUCAGCAGUUCCAGAUCCAGCAACCGCCGCAUUCGCAGCUCCCGCAGCCUCAGCCGCCUCAACAGCCACAGCAACCCCAGAGCCACCAGCUAUCCCAACAAUCCCAGCAACCUACAGAGAUCCAGCCAAACCCACAAACUCAGCAAUCUCAGCAAUCCCAGCAGCUUCAGCAGAUCCCACCAUCCCCGCAAGCCCAACCACCACAGCAACCACAACAACCGUCGCAGCCGCAGCCUCCGGGACAGUCAAUCAUAGAAAUUCCGCCAGCAUACCCCCCGUUACCCGCGCCCCCAGAUGCCACAUAUCGCACCGAGACUGAAGCAGUACAAGCGAUCAAGACAUUCGCGCAGGAUCAUGGGUAUGCCGUGAUCACCAAGCGAACCAACAAAGGUCGUGAGGGGAAAAUCGAAGCCAUCUACCUAACCUGCGACCAAGGCCAGGUGUAUCAGUCAACUGCAAAAGAGCGUCAACGAGAGCCGUCACGACGAACUGGUUGUCCGUUUAGUAUACGCAUUAGCCAUCAUAAGACCGACAAUCUGUGGCAUGUCAAAGUUCGUGACCCGUCCCACAAUCAUGGGCCCUCGCGGCCGGGCUCACAUCCGUCAAUCCGCCGCGAGGAGAUUAGCCAGAAGACGCAGUAUAUAAAGGCUCUUCUUGACAUCAAUAUGCCACCCAGUCAGAUUCUCAAACAACUCCGUCAUGUGGAUCCCACCACUGUCAUCCAGAUUCGCGAUAUCUACAACCUCCGCCAUCGCAUAUAUCAAGGGAAACCCCCAGUCCCAGCUGUUGUUAUAUCCGACUUCAAGCAGUCUCCAUUAAAAAAGCGCCGUGGUCAGGCAAACUCCGAUAAUCUGUCUUCUGGGGAGGCUUCGACGUCUGGAGCUGUGGAGAGUGGUCUGGGGGAUGAUCAGGGCGUCGCUACUCCUGUCAGUGGAGUGCGAGUAACCCAGGAUAUGCAUACCCCGGAACAACUGCUGUACGACACGCUGUUCUGA